AUGGUGCAAAUUAAAUACAUGCUCAUGGUUUCGAGACAGGGAAAAGUGCGGCUGAUGCGAUGGUUCAGUGCGUACAGUGCGAAAGACAAGACUAAGAUUUGCAGGGACCUCACAACAUCGGUGUUGGCACGCAAAGCUAAAAUGUGUAACAUUGUGGAGUAUCAAGAUCACAAAGUGGUGUACAAAAGGUAUGCCAGUUUGUAUUUUAUUUGUGGUAUUAGUUCCGAGACGAGCAAUGAGCUUCUUACGCUUGAGAUCAUUCACCGCUACGUCGAGGCCAUGGACGCAUACUUCAAUAAUGUGUGCGAGCUGGAUAUUAUUUUCAACUUUUCCAAGGCGUACGACAUCUUGAAUGAAGUGCUGAUAUGCGACGGCUCCAUGACCGAAACCAGUAAACACACCAUUCUCAAAACUGUAGCGUCCAUGGACGCCUUAGAGACCAGUGACAACCUCGACCAGGUCCUCAGUUGA